CACAGUGUGGAGCUGCAUGUUUCCUCGACGAUUCCACACUGUUCGGUGACGAUCAGUGUACCAAGACUCUCGACAAAACCGGUGUUCUCUCGUCGAUUGAUCGAAUCGACCAUCGAUUCGAGUUUCUAGGAUUAAUUCGAGCCAAGUUGAGUACGAAGAAAUUUGCAUAUCUUCGACGCGGUGGAGAGAAAGAAAUAUCGAAAGUUGACUGAAAAGUGUGUGCUAUUCGGAGAAUUUCUGAAUAGAGAAAGAGUUUGAUAGUAUUACGUGAGAUCCACGUGGGAGAAGUCUCAUGAAUAAGCAUUGAAAAGAGCAGGUUCAAUGCGCUUGAUGAGAGGCGAUUAGCAUCUGGGGGUGGAAAGAAUUUAUCGUGGACAAAAGGGUUGAGCUGAAAUCUUUCAAACUGGGUGACGGCAGAGGAAAACACCGUAGAGUCAGAAUGGCAGAUGAGAAUCAGCAGGAGCAGCACGUACGCAAGGAACGCAAAGUGUUAAGACACCUGCCGAUUCUGUUGAAAAUUUUAGAAAUUAUCCUAGCUGUACUCGUGAUCGGUUUGAUAGUCGAUCCACUGAACUCGUACCAAAAAAUCCUAAUCAGGACACACUUCAAGCUAGACGAUGCUGCCAUAAUUUACGUUACUGUCGCCGGUUACCUGAUAAUCAACUCGCUCUUCGUCAUUUGCCACUUUAUGGGCGAUCAAAUACCAAAACGAACGUUGAUAAUAUUCGCCACGGUCGGUGCACUUCUACACAUCGUCGCUGGAAGUGUAAUUGUCUAUAAUUGGAAGAAGAUUCUCGGCCCUUAUUACAACAACAACGAAUUCUACCCGAGCAAACAGUACAUGGACAUGUUCAUAUCUGGCGCGGUGUUCACAUUUGUGAACGCGCUGGUUUUCAUAUUGGAAGUUUUCUUCAUUAUCAAAGUUUCACCGAAGGUGACAGAGUGAACAACGUAAGACGAAUAAAUUAG